AUGACCUUUGAUUGGAAACUAGAACGGGACUUAAUCAAACUCAACUUGAGGAAACGGCCAAGCCAGGCAAACUUCCAACGUUGCUUGUUAGACCGAACGACGGAAUGGGAGCUUCCUCGCUCUUGGCCGAAAGGUAUGAAAACCGUGCACGAUAGCCCACUCAUUGCUGGCUGGUCUUGA